UCAAAACUGUAACAUGGAAUAAAAUGUGACCCAUGAAGAGACAGCAGAUUGCUGGAGCUCAAACAGUGAAAAUGGCUUUGCUAUCUGAAGAUGAUUUUUCUUGUCCCGUGUGUCGUGACAUCUUCAAGGAUCCUGUUGUUUUAUCAUGUAGUCACAGUGCCUGUAAUGAGUGUCUUCAACAGUUCUGGAGAAUCAAGGAAACUCAGGAGUGUCCUGUCUGCAGGAGUAGGUCCUCAGAACAUCGCCCUACAUGUAAUCUUGUGUUAAAAAACUUGUGUGAGUCGUUCCUGAAGCAAAGAAAGGAGAGGCGUUUAUCAGGAUCUGAGGAGAUCUGCAGUUUACACAGUGAAGAACUCAAACUCUUCUGUCUGGAGGACAAACAGCUGCUGUGUUUAGUGUGUAGAGAUUCAGAACAACACGACAAUCACAAAUUCAGACCCAUCAGUGAAGCUGUUUCAUCAUAUAAGCUCCUGUGAUUCUGGAUCCAAACACUGCAAGUCCAUAUCUCACCGUGUCUAAUGAUCUGACCAGUGUGAGAUACAGCUGCUAUCGAUAUGUUCCUGAUAAUCCGGAGAGAUUUGACAUGUGCCUCUGUGUUCUGGGUUCAGAGGGUUUUAACUCAGGAACACACUGCUGGGAUGUGGAGGUUAAAGAGAGUAUAUACUGGAGUCUUGGAGUAACUACAGCAUCAAACCAGAGGAAGGAGUUUGAUCCCUUUAAGGAUUGUGUCUGGGGUGUGGAGUAUGAUGAUGAAGAUGAACUGUCCGAAUCAUUUGGUUUUCUUGUUAAACAGAAGCUUGAUCGUGUGAGAGUGAAUCUGGACUAUGACAGAGGAACGGUGUCAUUCUCUGAUCCUGUAACUAACUCACAUCUACACACAUUCACAACCACCUUCACUCACACACUCUUUCCAUACUUCUGGUGUUAUAAUGAUUAUUCUUCCUCUCUUAGGAUCUUAGCAAUCAAUAGUCAGUAAUAAUUUCUCCUGUAGAUCUGGAUCUUCCUGCUUUCAUCUUUCAUCAUAUUUCAAUAUUUAAUCCA